ACAAAACAUUUAUUUGUACUUUUCUAAUUAAGUUGGUAACCAGUUUAUAAUAACUGCAUUGUGUCAUGUGUAAGAACAGCUCUUAGCUGUGGUAUAUUGUCCAUAUCCAUGAGCAUUUAAAGAAUGGUCUAAUUUCUUCCAGAGUUUAAACGAAGAUGAUCCACGUGAUCAUCAAGGUUUGGAAGGUCAAGUCCAGAAAAUGAAGAAUGAUAUCCUGGGUUUAAACUAUCCAGAAGAUAGUGAAGUGAAGGAUCCCCUGCCUCAGAUCGAGCUGAAGGCUGUGACAAGGAGAAAAGUUAAGACCAAGAGGAGGACCAGUGCCAACAGGUCCACAGUUGAACAGAGCACUGAUACUGAUGCAGCUGAGAGAGAUUUUGUUGAUAAUCAGAAUGAUGAAGAUGAGGUGAAGAAGGAUCCCCUGCCUCAGAUGGAGCAGGAUGCCGUAAAGAGAAAUAAAGUCAAGACCAAGAGGACCAAGAGAAACAAAGUGGAGCAGAUCACUGAUACAGAUGCAGGUCCCUCUACAUCUGUGGAAUUCUCUGGGAUGACAGUUCAGGGGACAUCUCACCAGGGACAAUCUAAUGAAAAGAUCCUAAAUGAGUGUGUCUCCAGGGCCUGUCAGACCAGGGCUCUUGACCUCCCGCUAAUCGAUCCGGAUGCUUUCAACCCGAUUAUCAUCCGGUUUCUGGAAAAACUUACUGAGGAGCAAUGGAGGCAGUUAAGCAUUGGCAGGAUGGACCCUGUGAUGAGGGCAUUGCUUGCAGAGAUGUGCCUGGAGAUUGUGCGGUUUGUAUCUGAGGCCAUCCUGGAGGUCAUCAUCCCUGCAAUUUUCCGUUUUGUACGGAUAUACAGCCAUGUGUCUCCAGUAUCCGGCAAGUCUCUGACAGAAUCAGAGAUCCUCUAG